UAUCUCUGACGGACCGCAAUUCAAUGGUUGUGUGGCCAGGAAUGGUGCCACUCUCUUGCAAGCAACACCCAGCUUUUCCUCUCUCUCUCGCGCAUUUCCUCUAGCUAUAGUAACUUCUCUCUUUCUCCCACUACACUAGACGAGCAAGCAUGGCUUUGUUGCUAAGAUUUCCCACCCACAACUCCUCACUCUCUUUCUUUCUAUCCACACCCACCCACAAACCACCGCUGGCUUCUCUUUCACAACCCCUCGGGCGAAGAAAAAGCAGCGCCAAGUGCUCUGCCGUCUCGGAUGUCAAAGCUGCGCCUCCGGUGCUCGAUGGGAAGGAUGAGGGGGAGGGCGAUGAUCACAAGGUUCUUGUGGGUCCGUCCAGUGAAGAGGAAAGGCGAGGUGAGAGGGUCGUAGCGGACUACGAUUGGACGCAAGAAUGGUACCCGCUGUACCUGGCCCAGGACCUGCCCGAUGAUGCACCUCUGGGUCUCAACGUGUUUGACAAGCAAGUCGUGUUGUAUAGGGACGGCAAUGGCCACCUUCGCUGUUACGAGGAUCGCUGCCCCCACAGGUUAGCAAAACUUUCUGAAGGCCAGUUGAUUGAUGGAAGACUAGAAUGUCUGUACCAUGGCUGGCAAUUUGAAGAAGGUAAAUGUGUUAAGAUACCUCAGCUUCCAGCUGAUGCCAAAAUUCCUCGAUCAGCUUGCCUGAGAACGUAUGAGGUGAGGGACUCCCAAGGAGUUAUAUGGGUAUGGAUGUGUCAGAAGACACCACCAAACCUUGAUAAACUACCUUGGUUUGAGAAUUUUGCCAGGCCAGGUUUUCGGGAUAUUUCAACCACCCAUGAGCUUCCAUAUGAUCACUCCAUACUACUUGAGAACCUCAUGGAUCCAGCCCACGUCCCAAUUUCGCAUGAUAGAACAGACUGGAGUGCAAAAAGGGAAGAUGCUCAACCACUGCGUUUCGAGGUGACCGAACGUACAGAUCGAGGAUUUGCUGGCUGGUGGGGAAAGGCAACAGAUGAACCCCCGAAAAACUUCUUACGGCUUGAAGCCCCUUGUGUUCUUCAGAAUAACCGGGAGAUUGUGGAUGAGAAGGGGGAGAAGCACUACUUCACAGGCCUGUUCCUUUGUAGACCGACCGGACAAGGUAAAUCCAUGCUUAUUGUAAGGUUUGGAGGAACAAAAAGAUCCCCAUUGGCCAAAUUGUUCCCGCAGUGGUAUUUCCAUCAAAAUGCAGGCAAGGUGUUUGAGCAAGAUAUGGGUUUCCUGUCGUCCCAAAAUGAGAUUCUAAUAAAGGAAAAAGUUCCCACAAAGGAGCUGUACCUUAAUCUAAAAUCCUCUGAUACAUGGGUAGCUGAAUACCGGAGGUGGAUGGACAAAGUAGGGCAUGGGAUGCCUUAUCAUUUUGGGCACAGCACUAUUUCAUUGCCUAAAGAGCCUGCUGUGGUUGAACAUGCACCGGCCGGACUGGUUGCCGGAAUUUCUGCAUCUUUACCGGCUAAGGGAGGGAUUGGAACAAUGCAUGCUCCAAACUUGGCCAACCGGUAUUUUCGGCAUGUAAUACAUUGCAAGGCAUGCAGAAGUAUCGUUAAAGCUUUCCAAGCCUGGAAAAAUGCCCUUUCUGCUAUGGCUCUUGCACUGGCCUCAUUGGCAAUUCUAGUGUCUGGAAGGCAGUGGAAGGCCAUUCUUUUGGUAUCGGCAACCGUAUGCUCUGCUGGAGCCUAUGGAUGCUCAGCCGCCGUUGCAUUGAACACAACAAACUUCAUAAGGACGCAUAGGAGAUUGUAAAAGACCAUAGGAUUACAAGGUUGCUUGGAAGGGAUAAUAUGGUACUCAAAUAUAGAUUAUGGUGUUGGAGUUUAUUCUACUAUCAAGAUUUUUAUUGCACAGGUGCCCAAAAUUCUCCAAUUUGGGUUCCAUAGAAAUUCUGUUUCUCCUC